AUGUUAAUUUUUUCAAACCUUUCAUCGACAUAUGGCCAAGGCUAUUUUCCGAAAUUAGAGGAUCUUGCUGUGCUAAAACCGAUCACUUCUUCUUCAACAUGUGGAGCAACAUCUAGUAAAUAUUGCCAGUCGUUGACUAAACAGACGUCUUUGACGAAUUGCGUUGAAAAGAACUGUGAAUUUGCUUGUUGUACAAAUUGUAGUUCAGCCAAACCUGUUCCCACAGACUUAGCACAAACUUCGAAUGAAGUUGGAGUCACUCAAGAUGGCGAUCCGAGAAAUGGAACUAUUGUCAGAUCAUUCCGAUUUCAAGGGAAUUCAUCCCUACAACCUUUAAGGAUUCCAUUUAUAGACUUUCAGAAUCCUGGGUUCUCUAUAAGCGUUUGGAUUAAACAGAAGGCAGGAAACAAAGGGACGAUCAUGUCUAAAGAUGAGACUACUCCUCCAAAUUUUGCCAAUGUCUUUCAACUUGUUAUCAAGGACUAUAACUUGAUGUUUUACUAUCGACCUGCCACUGGGAAUGCAUCAGUUGCUACAUACAACCUUCUGCAAAGCCAAAGUGAAAAGCUUCAACAGGAUGAGUGGCAUUUAAUAACUGUAGCAGUUAUUGAUAAAGCACUGUCAUAUUACAUUGAUGGUGAACUCAUGAAUGCAAAUUUUGUGACUCUGAGUGAUUACAUCAAUAACUCUUCUGGUGGUAUUCGAAUUGGACAAAAAUAUGGGGGUGAUGCAGAGUGGCAGUAUGAAGGCCUGAUGCAGGAUAUCUUCAUGUAUGACAGAGCUUUGACCAACAGGGAAGCGAUAGAGGCAUUCACAGGUGUCCUUCCAACAGUUUAUGUUGCUAGCAAUUGUCGAUGCCCACCCACUCAUCCAAAAAUAAAUGUUGCUGAACCAGCUAAGUGUCUGAAAAACUUAGAUGGAGACACUGACACAGUAUCCAGGCUAAACGACACAGCUCACCCACCUGAGUUUGCCACUGAUGGUGACUCACUCAGUUACUGGCUGUCAGAGAUCACAGAAAAUGCAACCAUUCACAUAAAUUUGGCAUAUGCUGGAUUGCAGGUGUUCUACGUCGUCUUGACUUUCUAUGGACCUGUACCUGGCGCAAUAAAGAUUGAGCGAUCAGUGGACAGCGGACAUACCUACGAGUCCUGGCAGUAUUUUGCUGAGGAUUGUGUGACCUCAUUUGAUUUACAAAACAAUGGUCCAUUGACACAACCUGACUCUGCGAACUGCGUCCAAUACAUAAAGUAA